UCCUUCCACACUCAGGGCUGUAGGGGACAUGAUCCGCCUCAGCAUGGGGGGUCGAUUCGCAGAGAGAAGUAAUGAGAACUUCAAGGACGGUCUGGUGUUCAGCAGUCGCCCACUGAAGGUUCAGGAGAAGGUUCGUCUCAGAGUACAAAACGUUUUAGAAAACUGGAGUGGAUCCCUGCGUGUGGGCUUCACCAACGUGCCUCCAUCAUCCAGAACUCUGCCUCUGCCCAACGUGGCCAUUCCUAAACUCACCAACACCCCUGGGCACUGGGCCGCUCCCCUAAGUGCAGUCCACUGUGGGCCUGGUUCAGAACUGGAGUUCUGGGUCUCUGCUGGUGGUUCCUUGUACUUUGCAAGCAACAAGAGCAGCCAGCAGGAGCUUCUGACAGGAGUGGACCUGAGCAAACCCCUGUGGGCCAUGAUCGAUAUCUACGGACAGACCUGCUCUGUUUUCUUACUGGGAUCAGAGAAAAAGGAGAUGUUUCACACCAGAAAGUCCUGUCCUGUGCCAGAAUACCUCGCCCCGCCUGAUGUUGACAAAGACAAGCACGUCCCAUUACAUGUCCAAGAACCUCCAUCAGACGCUGAAAUGGACUGUGUGGUGUGCAUGGCUGAAGAGGCCACAGUCACUCUGAACUGUGGUCACCAGUGUCUGUGUGUCCGCUGCGCCUCCAGAGUCAUUCAGGAGUUUGGUACCUGCCCACUGUGUCGGCAGACGAUCCAAAGUCCAUCAGUGGGGGGGCGGUGUGUUCUCAACGUGUUCCACACAACAAGACACUGUCACACAGUGCAGGUGACCUCUUGAAGGACUGGAACAAAAACAGACUGAAGAAAACGUGUUGAAAAGUGACAAACUACUUUGAACAAGUCCUGGUACGUUCCAGUGAUUCAGGACACGCUGCAGUGUGGCUGCUUCCUGAUUUGAUCCAACCACGAACAACUGUCAGCUGUGUGUGUGUGUGUGUGUGUGUGUGUGUGUGUGUGUGUGUGUGUGUGUGUGUGUAUGUGUGUGUUAAACUAGUUCAGAUAAAUGGAGAGUAAUGCAUCAUUUUAAUCCCAUGGGUUUGUUUUAUGAUUCUGAUUGUAUUUAAAAACAAAGGACUUUCAUGUCCCCACAGGGGGCCACAGCCCACACUUUUGGUAAUAACUGUUAGUUUGGUUUGAGAAAAACCUCAGACGUUAUGGCUGAAAUUUAAUCUUAAAGACUUUUGUAAAGAUAUUGUUUUAUUUACGUGACAAAUAUGUAAAGAUACAGCAAGAUUGUAGCUUAAAACCAAACUUGUUUUGUUUUCUUUUUGUUUUGUUUUCUUGUUUUUAUACUUACUAUACUUUUAUAUUAAAUGGAGUUGUAUGAAAAUAAACUUUUCAGCAAACAUCA